UGGGAAAGUCCGCUCCGAGAUCCGGGAGCCCACAGACACGGAGCGAAUGAGUAAAAUGGUCAUUUCCACCAUUCGGCUGAGAUUCCGCUGAGAUUGCGGCGCGGAGUCCGCAGAUUGCAGGAAGCGACGUUUGGGUCCCGACACUCCCCACAGGUUACCAAAGGGUGGUUGAGGCCGGAACCAAAGGGUUGUUGAGGCCGGAACCUCAGCCGCUCCCCGGACCCGGGACUGGAUGAGCAUCACUGCGGACAUCUCCACACCAACAGCGGCUGCACCUUCGCCCCGUGAACUCAACGUCCCUCAACAGUUGAACACAGCCCGCGGCACCAUGCGGUUCAGAGAGGCUCCUGGGGUGUGCGGACUCGGUCUUUUCACUUACCUCUCUGCUGUUACCGCCGCUCUAACGCUGAGGGUGCCUCAGGACACUGUGAAUGGGACCGCCGGCCAGUCUGUGCUCCUGCCCGUCUCCUACACCGUCCCAGACCCACACGGGUAUCUGCGGAUCACAUGGACCAGAGCCGGGAGUGUAACUGUGGAAUACACCUGCUUCUCGGGGCAAGAAUGUUACCUCAAGAAGAUUAGCCCACACAUCACUGUCUCCGAUCCAUUUAAACACCGGGCUGUGCUUUUCCCGGAGAACGCUUCACUGUUACUGAGAGAUUUGCAGGUCAACGACAGCGGGAUUUUUGAAUUAUCCAUUAGCCACACAACAGGAAUGGAAAAACGCAACAUAACGUUAGUGGUCCAGCCUGACACUGCAGGUAGAAUCGUCAACGGGAACCGAAGCGACAUCGGGAAUGGAACCAACGCCGGGAAUACAACGAGUACAGACUGGAGUCCAACGGUAAAGAAUGAAGUCAUCAUUUCAGCUGUUGUGCUCGCUGUUGCUUUGAUCAUCUUGUGUCUUAUUGUGAAAAUGGGAAGAGGUAAACAUGACAGAGUCUCAGUUUGUCAAGGAUCUCAGAAACAAAAGGAAGAGGAACAUACUACACAGGAUUAUUGGGAACAACAGAAGAGAGCUGAUGUGCUCUAUACUGAAAUUGGUUGGAUUCAACAGGCUAAUCCAAAAAGGAAAAUGCACACAACCAAAGAAACAGAUGCCCAUGCUUCAGUGCAGGAAAAUUCAUCACCAAACUGCCCUGCUGUGUUGUACACAGAGAGGAAGUCACCGGACGUUCCAAGAACCGACGGAAGGAAGAUGCAGAAUCCUGAAGAGGAUGUAGAUUAUGCUCAGAUUCAGAUUAGGAAAUAA